AUGGGCAAUUACGCUUCAUGCUGUAGAAUAUCUCAAGAGCAGGGAGACGAGCGUCCUCCGCCAUGGCUGGUAGAAGGACAGAAGGCACCUCUGAUAUCCGACGCUAUGAACGAGGACUACAAGAAGGCUGUCAGCCCUACCAGAGAGCAUGCGAUAGAAAAGUUCUUCCAUGAUGCUCUUCUCCAAGGCAAACCCGACGAGGACGAGCGCGAGUUGCCAUACUUGCAUGUGGCGGACGAGGGCGAGGAGGAAGCGGUGAGUGACGACAGGAGCAGAGACGAAACCUUCGACAAGUUCCUUGACUCCAUCCUCGACCGAUGCUUCCUGAUCUGCAGAGAGGACGAGUGGCUCAGGUGGAAGGCAUCGGGGAAGGUAGGAAGGAGGAGCAGCCUCCUAGUCCCGCCAUCGAGGCUCGUUGCUCUCCUCCGCCUCCCAGACCUGGAUCGCUCCCGGAACGAGACGGCAGUCGUCCUUGACCUCGACCUGCAGCCGGAUAUGUUCACCAUCUCCGAUCGCAACGUCCUGCUGGUGGCGCCGUUAAGUCUCCACCUCGUCCGCGUCGUCUACAAGCUCAACGAUGUCGCCGACAUGCUUCAGGGAGAGAGGAGGGUGAGGAGGUUGACUAGGGAGCCCCUGGCGUCUUCUGCAAGCACUCAUAGGGGAGAGGAGGACACAGUGGAGGAGGAGCGUCCAGCUCGGCAGGAGCUGGAGCUGGUGAUGAAUGAGUACUCGUGGAUCCUUGACGACUUCGAGCGGAAGAGGUUCGGAAGGAGCGGAGGGAUGGAACGGAAGAGAUUCGAUCCUCAGUCACUCAGCCGACCCGUGCGGGAUUUCUCAGCUUCGAGGUGA